AUGGUCGCUACAUUCAUCCUUACUCGCGCAUUCGCUAUCUCGGCUCUGGUUUUCGGUGCCUUCCCCGUCGCCUAUGCCGCGCCGAUUGGUUCAUCGGUCCAGCUCAGGGCUCUGGACGGGCGGAACUGCAGGAUCCUGGGCUGCUUGAUAGAAGAGCCGAACACAGAGUCAUCAUCUGCCUCAGCGCCAGUAUCAAGCGCUGAAUCCUCUGAGCCCACAUCGGAGACCACCAGUGUCGCGGACGAGAUCGCCGACUUGAUCGACAUCAUCUCGGACAUCACAGACGAAUCCUCCACUGGUUUGCCCACUACGGAACCAGUCGACAUCGUUGAAGUUGAGGCCCCGAGUACGGACGCCACGGAAGAUAGCGCCACAUCGGCUUCAUGGGUGGAGAGAUCGAUUUAA